AAGAGGAACGCCAAGCAGCAAGAGACUGACAGGAUGCAGACCAGCAGCAAGGAGGCCCUUCUGGCGGAGGCCCCACCGGAUUAUUCAGCAUCUCCCAGGCUCCCUGGACUGCCUUGCAAGAAGAUGCUGAUUGUCGUGGUGGUGGUGGUGGUGAUCGUUCUGGUUGUCCUGGGAUUCCUUCUGAUGGGGCUGCAUAUAUCGGAGAAGCAUACGGAAACGGUCCUGCAAAUGACCAUUCAAGGUCUGGAUGGGAAGACCUCCCCACAACACCUUUCCAUGAGCCGGAAGGAACAGGUGGCAACGUUCCAAGUCAACGGGAACCUUAACUCUUCUGCCACGGUGGUGUACGACUACAGUAAUCUCCUGAUCGGCUACAGAUCCUGGCCAGGACAAUCCUGCCACGUCACCAGGAUGAACAAGGAGGACAUCCAGGGUCUGGAGGCUGUGGCCAAGGUGUUCCAGCAGGCCCAGACCAAGCUUCUCAAACCAUCCCUCAAACAGAGCGAAGAGGAAGGAGGACACCCUGCGCCACUGGCCGACCGUUCAGCCCUGGGCACCACCCUUAACAUCCUUUGCAGCCACCUCCCUGUCUACUGGGCUUAGAGGAGGGGGGUGGCCGAGAGGACCGACAGAUGAAAUCAGACCAAAUGCACCCCUCAGCUGUGAUGGGCCGGAUUUCCCGAGACAACGAUGCUCCUGAGGGGCACAGAGAGAUUCCAGCGAUGACUUCUGGGAAGCGAGCACAAAAUCCCAAAUGCAGCACUCAAAGCUUUGGCAGAGCCCCAGCCUCUGGGUCCAGAAGUCAUCGCCAGCCAAUUUCCAAGCCUCUCCCAGCACCAAGCCAAACACCAGACUCAUGCUCUGUAUCUGCUGCUGAACUAGAGAGACAGGGUGCCCGAAUGUUUUCGUGCAUGCGCUCACAGAAGGAGCAUCUCUGGGCUCUAAAUGCUGCCAGCUUUGCAUGUGCAGGAAGUCUUGUUUAUACCAGGGACCAUUCAGACAUCCAACCCAUCACCUGUAAUAUAAAGUGGUAUAGUCCAGCAAGGAAUGCAUUCCCUGAGGCUGAGCUCUAAGGAUCAAGCUAUACAUUGCAUUCAGCACAAAGUGUCACCUUGAUUGUUUUUAGUUAAAUAACAGUGGGGCAGGGUGGGGGUGGGGACAGCUUGACCAUGCAGGGAAGGGGUACUGAGCCCUUUCCCUCUGUACCAUUGAGGCAGACUCAGGUAGUGGUCAAGAAAUGGUUAAAGGGUCUGUGUUACCAAACGGCCUUAAUUGCAAAUUGCUGAAUGCACCGUAAAUCUGUCCUCUGCUGGAAUGCAAGCAAAGAGGCCCCUUUGGUAUCUCCAGAUAACAGAGGCGCUGGCUAAGGACACCUUCAAGGCCAAUAGCUGAGGGGAGUAGAGGUUGGAACAAGAUGAAGGAGGGGAGGAAUGCUCGAUUAUAAGCUAGAGAAAUAUUGCCUAAUUGUAAUAAUAGCAAUGAUUAUAAUAAUUGUAAAAUGACGAUUAAGUGAUGCCAACCAAUGAGGAAUGUAUCCACUGAAUGUAAUUAAGAUGGGUAUAAGAGCUGAAGCUGGAAUGUGAUCGGUGCUCAGCUUUUUGGGAAUUAUCCC